AUGGCAUACUUCAAUGCCAACGACAUGAACGAAAUUGGAAGCAGUGUCGGUAAUUUUAACCACAAUAACAACCAGGGAAACCAACAAAGAACAACUCGCCAUUGCACUCUAAAACCCAAACCUAAACCCAAGAAAAGAAUGUUUGGGAACGAAAAAGGAGGUAGUUCAACUCAGAGGCUUACUAAACGGCAACAAGUGGGAUCAGUCCCUACCCCUACUAACCCUACUCCUCCCACAUCAAGACAAUCAUACCUUAGGAACAAUCCACCCUGCAAAAAGUGCAAAUAUCAUCAUUGGGGAGCCUGCCAGACAUUUCAUUGCAAAAGGUGCAACAAGAUGGGAUACACCUCCCAUUACUAUAAGGCUCCGGCCCCAUGCGUCACUCUGACCCUCAACCCAGAAGUAAGUCCAGUUUGUCACAAGUGCGGUGCAACAGGACAUUUCAAGAGAAAUUAUCCAAAAGAGAUGACCGAAGAGGGAGUUUACAACUGGACAGGAAGAGACAACAAGAAACCCUACCGAAAUUUUUGCAACGAUAAGAACGCUAACACUAGAACACCUAACAAGCAGAAACAAGAUAGACCCAAUGGUAACAAUGAAAACAAAACUAGCAACGAUAAGAACGCGAACCCUAGAACACCUAACAACCAGAAACAAGAUAGACCCAAUGGUAACAAUGAAAAGGAAACUAAGAACGAUAAGAACGCGAACAUUAGAACACCUAACAAGCGAAAACAAGAUAGACCCAAUGGUAACAACGAGAACGAAACUAGCAACGAUAAGAACGCGAACACUAGAACACCUAACAAGCAGAAACAAGAUAGACCCAAUGGUAACAAAGAAAACAAAACUAGUAACGAUAGGAACAUGAAGAUAAAACACCGUGUCAUUCCUAACAACCAAUACUCCUCAAAUCGAUGUAACAACAAGGAGUCUAAUGUCAUCAGUUGA